CUAAAUGCAGAAUCUCCCUCAGGUUUUGUUGAAGCAUCGAGAAUUGUCUACUCCGAAGUAACAGUGCCCAGGCUGCUGGAGGCAACGGAUGGGACCUUCACAGAGAGCGAUAUGUCCUAUUUAAUAACGGCAGAAGGAAAACACCACAUCGUCCAUCUGAAGCAGGCAAAGAAUUUGAUAGCCAAGGACAUCCCAGUUUUCACGUACAGUCCAGAAGGAUACCUGAUAACCGAGUUUCCAUAUAUUCAGGACGACUGCUACUACGAGGGGUUUGUGGAAGGCUCCCCGGGAUCCAUCGUCGUCCUCAGCACGUGCUUUGGGCUCAGUGGAGUUUUGCAAAUUGGAGAUCUGAGGUACGAAAUCGAGCCCAUGGAGGGCUCCUCGACGUUUCAACACCUCAUUUACCGAAAGACAUUGGAAGGUGGCUCAGGUCAGCUGUGCCACGUGCCCGAAGAGCACAAGGACCAUCUGCCCGAAGACGGAGAACUUGUGAACGGGAAUCAUAAAAUCAAAGUAAUCCAGGAGGUUCCUGGUCUCCAGACCCUGCCCACCAGAUACUUGGAGCUGGCUCUGGUCACGAACACAGAGCUGUUUAAAGUUAACGACUACAAUGAAACCCUGAUGCUACAUCAGCUAAUUUCCAUAAGCAACCUCCUGAACACAGUCUACAAGCGCAUGAACCUGCAGAUCGUCAUCAGCGCGGUGGAGAUGUGGACCAGGAGGGACCAGGUGACGCCCGCCCACAGCCUGGCCCAGACGCUGGAGUUUUUUGCCACGUGGUGUCAGAGGGAUGCUGUCGGUCGCAUUAAUUACGACCAUAUCCAGUUACUGCUUGGCCAGGACUACAAGGAACCAGGAUUUGCCUGGAAGGGGACAACAUGCCAGACGAACUCCAUGGGUGUCGUUGCGUUCCCUGGCCACGACAUCGUCAGCGACGUGAUGACACUCGCCCACGAGAUAGGCCACAGCUUAGGCUUCAGCCACGAUGACGCCAAACAAUUUCAUGACAAAUUCUGCGAUUGCAACUGCACCCGCAAAGGAUGCAUCAUGCAAACAUCCCCGGGAUCUUGCUUGGCAUUCAGUAACUGCACUAUGGGAGAAUAUUACAAUGAAGUAAUAAGAAAAAAUCUACCUUGUCUACUCAACGUACCAUCUUUAAGGCCACUUCUUCCUGAACUCUGUGGCAACGGUGUCUUGGAAAAAGGGGAAGAAUGUGACUGUGGCAGUGACAAGGCAUGCCUCCAAGAAGGAUGCUGCAUCUCCUCCAGCUGCUUGCUCGCACCGGGGGCUUCUUGUUACAGAGGCGAAUGCUGUCACAAAUGUCGG